ACCGGCCGGCACUUCGCUCAGUUCUCCACUGCGCUCCGUGUGAAGCGGAGCUUUCGAGAUCCACCUCGCUCCCUCUCGCGCGAAAGUCGCCGAUCCGCGAAGGAUCUCCCGACCCUUCGAUCGGGAUCCUGUGUCAGUGUCAGUCGCGUCCGAUCGAGAAAAUCGCCGAGAAGCAGUCCCAAUUGCCGAGAUACCUUUGGGUAAAGUCGGAGGAAGAGGAGGCCGAGGGGGUGAAGGGACGAUGUGCGAGAGGAAGCAACUGCGAGUGCUCUAGAACGCGAAAACCUGAACUGAUCGGAGUUUGACAAGCGGAAGCGAAAAGGAGGAGACCACUCUCCGGGGAAUACGGUUCUCAGGAUAAUCAUCGUGUGCGGAGCGUUCGAGAAUUAUCUCCACUGUCCACCCGGCCCAUCCGCGGCUAUUCUCGGAGUAACUCGGAAUCGGCAUCUCGAAAGAUGCUGAAGAGAGCGCGCGAGCUAUGGUGGCUGCUACUGGCGGGGCUUUUGUGUUGCUCGUCCUGCCAGAGCGUACCGUCCUCCUUUGAGAAUAAAACUGGUAACCAGAAUGACAGCCGGCCGCGUAUAUUUUCACCCAGGAUGGACUACGAUGAGUGGACGCCGCUGGGACGCGGUGAUCCGCUCAAGAACAAUCCGACCUUCGACUAUGUGCCGCCAGUCCUCGAUCGGGUGCAGUACUGGCUGGACACGCAGCAGCAACACACGACGGAACCGUCAUCGAAACGUGACAUUCUCGUGCUCGGUGUGACCGCGAAGAAGACCAGUCCGAAGAUACCCGAGCAGUUUCUCAAGUUCGUGGACGGACCCAAGUUUACCCGCGCCGGCAGCCAAGAUACGAGCUCUUACAGGAACGACUACACCGGCAGUACCGGCGCCGAGCCACCCAAGAUCAUCCGCACCACCAGCUUCCGAAAUGGCGUGAUCGACUAUAGAAACCAGAACAGGUUGCAAUUGUUGCCUGCGAGCUACUACCCUAGCCCGUAUUAUAGCCAGAAGAUGAAGCCGUACACCAUGAUGAUGCCGCCGCCAAUCCAGAUCCAGAAAACCGAGACGUCCACCAAUUUCAACCUCGGAACCGCGUCCAAGGACAAGCUGGUUGGCUACCCGGACGUGCAGCCAUUCAGUACGCAGACGGAGGAAGGCCCGCUCCUUCAGGAUGUUCAGUACUAUGGGGCACCAUCGAAGGACUAUGGACACUAUUCCCCCGCGCCACCCUCAAGACCGUACGCCACCUCCAAGACGCCACCGCCGAGCAAGAUUGAGACCAUCAAGAGCGUUUAUGUGCCGCCCGCGCCGCAGACCACCAAGUCGAGAUACGAAGCGACCACUGCGCCGUCCGUGUCUUUUGAGAAAUCAAAUUUGAUCUAUCAGUCAACGCAAACUCUGUCCGGCGGAUGGCUCGGUAACAAUCGACCUACGUCGUCGUCUUCUACCAAUUAUCCCGUGGACCUCAACCAAGUCACGUGGCAGAGCACGGAUUAUUCUAGAGAUCAUUACGAGGUUGAUCACCACGCCGCGGCUUCGUCCAAUCACGAGGUCGUUGUCGGUCAAAACGCGAACAUCAUCGUGGACGGUAGCAACAACGGUAACGAGGAGGUGGUUGUUGGUCAGAAAGAAGUCAGCACCGAGAUGACAUCCUCAACGUCCUCAACGGAGAACGUCACGCCGACUUCCACCGUCAUCUCUACGUCUUCAAGUACGGAUUCCGGUGAGCAGGAGGAGGAAGUCGCGACCGACGCGCCGGCACAGAAGAUGCAUAUCGUUGUCGCCAACUCGCCGUCCAGCAUCGCAGACCUGGAGACGCACACGGCGAAGAAGGGUCCGGUCGCCGUGGUGAUGCCGACGAAUUACAUGGAGAAAAACACGUCCGCCAUUUCGGACCCGCCGACCAUACUGCACAGUACCAACGUCUGGGAGAACGUCGCCACGUCCGAGAUGACGAAAACAACCCACGAAGCGCCGAAGCCUCAACCGACGAGGAACGCGAUAACGAGCACGCCGAUUCUGACGGACGAUCGUUCAUCCAUCUCGUCGAUGCCGAGCAAAACGAUGCCACCAUCGCAGAUGUCUCCCCAUCAGUCUUCGCAUCCGUCAUCCGUCCCGGUAAUGCCCACCAGACACGCGGGAGGCCCUCCGCACAUGUUCAUGCCACCGCAGGCAGUUUCUCAAUCCAUGAUACGUCCGCAGAGCAGACCGAAUCACGCCAUGAUGCAUUUCAUUGGUAGCAUGCGUCCCGGUUUCCGGCCGUCGUCGCCGAUGUCCAUGUCCCAUAUGUCGCCACCGAUGACGCACAUGCACGUGUCCCCCAUGAAGAGUAUGGUAGCACCAUCGCCGACCAUGGAGCAGACCCAUCAACGACCACCGCAACCGUUUCCCGUGAUGUUCACCAGCCCGCCGUCGCCGUCCACCUCGAGCGUACAAGACAUCGACGAACAAUCGAUCGACCAUCGACCACCGUCUCGAUUACCAGCGACCACCGCAAACUCGGUGACAACCUCGUCGCCGUCGUUUACGCCGACUGUCUCAUCAACCGUGGAAUACACCCCCAUCGCGGACACCACGAGCCAUCGAGAAAGUACGAAGCCCGCGCAAUCGGCUCUACUGAAGCUCCUCAGUGCCGAGGAGAGCCCGAAGAUGAAAACAACGACUCUCGCACCACCCUCGACGAUCCCGCCGCGAACCACGACAGCUCCGAGUCUCACCACCGACCCGAUCUUCUCGCACUACAAACAGCCGGCCAAGCCGAUCCGCGGCCCGAUGUAUCUCAUCAUUCAGGGUCACUCAAAGGUGAAGACCUACAAGCCUACGGUGAACAAGCACGGCGUGCCUGUGGAGAACAAUGAGAUUGUGGAGAACGUGACCAAGCGGCAGUUAUCGAAAUUGGAGCAGCUGAUAAUGGAGAACACGAAGGGCGGUGCCGUCGACCUGGCCGCGGAGAAGCGGAAGCUGGAAGAGAAGGCACGUGCUGAGAAGCAUGCAUCCUCACGCCACGACAGUCUGAUGAGCCUCGUCGAGAGUGGACUGAGCGGCUUCACCUUGUCACCAUCGACCGAGGACGAGCGUCGCGCGUCCAAUUCGGUCACGAGCAUCGAGAUCAAUUAAGGAUCCGCCGUGUUCUCGCGACAGUUGCCCCGUAGAGGGACCAAGCUUGGCAGGCGGAUGCUGGUAGCUGAGAGGAUACCCGCGCGAACAGGGGUCCUCAUCGCGCGGUGGAAGGAAACAGCCGCCGUUCUCGGUAGGGGUGAAAAUUUCCCAGGGAGAAACGAGGUAGUUUGGCUCGUCCGUUCGCGAUCCGUAUCGUUGGCAUCCGGAUCCUUAGGCGAGUAUCGAAAGUCCGCUGCGAGUCGUCGGACGUGCGAGAUGGGCGAGAUGGGAUGAUAGCCAGGCUUCGCAACAUCUCCUCUCAACGCGAGAGCUACCUGGGGGAUACGUGUAACUUCAGCACGCUGGUAAACGUGGCGUUGGGGAUUCACGUUGUUGUUUAUUUAUUCUCGUCCUUAACUUUUAUCGUUCCGCGAUGUGUAUCGAGCGCCUCCAUGUAUCUUUUUAAUUACCGCCCUCUUGGACGGCCCGAGCGAUUUAUGUGUCUGCAGAUUUGCGGAUAACGAUUGAAUUAUGAUACGCGCGGAGAGAAGAGCGGAUGCGCGCGCAAAUGUGUUUGUCAUAUUAAUCAUUUACUUCGAUAAUCGGAAUCAUUCCGACGCUCGGUCGCGCCCGUUACUCAUAAUUGUUACGAUUGUUAUGUAUUAAUGCAUGUUUCAUAAACACGAAUAUAUGUUAUAAUUUAAUUUUCAUUUAAUUUAUUAUUUAUUUCGCGUUACGUAUACGUGUAAUGUAGGUUACAUGCGCUUAAUUUAUUUUCUUUCACGCACACUCUCUGUCAGGAUCCCGUAUAUAAAGUCCCGCGGCGAUUUGAUCGGCGUCGAGACUACGCUCGUGCAACAAUCGAAAGCAGAAAUCCGAUUAGCAAUUAGCGACGUAAUUGAUGACCACCCUUUUAUCACCUCUACGUUAAUGGCUCACCGCCGCGCGCGCGUGCUAUAUAGGGCGGUCACAAAUUCGCGCAGACACUACAAAAUCUAAUCCAACACUUGCAGUCGUUGCAAGAGGAAUGCGCUCGGAAAUUCUCACGAAAUUGCGCCACGCGGAGCAGAGCAAGACGCGCGCGGAUUCGCGACCAAGUCCCAGUCGCAAAAAUCGGUUUUGUAUUUUGGCGAUCGUCGCAUUUGCACAACAUUCGUUUCCAUUGCGUUUACUACGAGAUCGACGAUCGACUCGCGGUGAUGACAGACUUUCACUGUCACCAGAUAACAGAGGCUCAACCAGGCAGUUCUCUCCGUGUCCUGCCACGCUUUCAUCCACGAUGAGAAAAGCGCGCCAAUUUCAUAUGUGCCAGUAUACACAUAACGUUAUAUAUAUACAUAUAUAGAUAUAUAAAAGCAUAAUUAUAUAUACGUGUUACGCACGUCUGCCGCGGAAUAAGUGAUCGACCGAUUCGGAUCGUCCAUUCGACCCGUUUGCGUCCUCGACGAUGGUUAUCGCCAGCGUGCAACGGCGAGCGAGUACGAAUUGGAAUUCGCGUUUCACCUGCUGCUUUACGGCACCACUCGGUUCGCGCUUUCUUUCGCAAUUUAGAUAUUGAGUUGACUCUUUUAUCGGUUGUAUCGCGUAACGAUAUCGUUAUUGCGGAUUGCCGCCUGCACGGCUAUCGUCGAGGACGUAAAGCCGCGCGUCGGAACAACUCGGACCGGUCCGCGCGAUCGUUUAAUCGUGCCGCAGAUGGAAAGCUUACGAUCGUGUUAUAUGCAUACAAUAAUAUUAUUUAUCGUACGGCGUAUAGUUGUGUGAGCAAAAGUAAUACGGGAUAUUUCAGAAGCAGCAAAUUUUCUUGAUGGAUUCCCGUGCUGAAUAUUGGAUCGACUGAUAUCAUUUCUUUAUAAACGAGUAUAACGUUUAAUGUAAAGUAUCUUGAUAAUUGUAUUUCCAGAAUAUUGAAUAAUGUUGAGAAAUGAAAUUUUACUGCGAAAUUUUAAUUCGCUGAAAUUUUCCGAUUGACGCUUCAAAGAUUAUCCGUUCCUCGCGAGAGUUGCAGCUUCUGAAACAUCUUGUAUACGUACGAUUGUUGUCGAUGUAAUUUAUAGAGUUGGAUGUUAAGGAUAGAACUUUUCUUUAGAAUCGUAUUUAUUGCGCUAGAUAUAAAAUAUUCAGAAGACGGAAAGUUUCAAACAAGAACAAAGAGUUUGUUUUUUCACAUUACAACUAUUAUUUAUAUACUAUAUACAACAGAUGCAGUCGUUACUCUUAUUUAAUAUGAGAAUAAUGAACAAAAUAAUAAAUAAGAACAUGCAGUCUGCUUGACACGAAUUCGCUUAAAGUCAGCGCUUAGCACAUCGAGACUUUCCGUCCUCGAUUCCUUACAUUAAUUCAUCACGAUUAACUUAUUUAUCGCAAACAUGUCGCUCUGUAGGAUUUACUUGUCCAUCGUAACGCCGAUCGCCGGCAACAAAAUUUUCCGACUUUUGUCGUUCCACUCGUCGUCGCAGCCAUCACCGCUCGCCGUUCUCUUCCGGAUUUUCCAACUGCCUGUUCAGACGAAUCUCGUCGAAUUCCAUUUUGCAACUCGUCGCGAAAUGCACGAAGCCGAGCUCUGCGAGCGGUGUAUCGGAAACGGCGACAGUACGUUUCCAUUUUUCCAUUUCCGCGGGUUCGAGGGAAACCGGCGGAUCUUCGAUUCGCGGUUUCGCCGCCCCAUGAAGAUCACCGUGGGUGCACCUCGAGUGCUGCAACGACGAAACUUUCAUUAACCGCUAGUCUUACAUUUUACCAGUUACCAAGACAUAUCGCGUACGUGCUAACAAAGAUCACAGAGACCGCAUAUAUUCACGACUCCCUCCUUUUGCUCGUAGCGAUCGUUUUAAGCGUAGUCGAGGUGUAGACGCGCGCCCACACGCGAUAUAUGAAUACUCACACGCGUACAGAUGCAUGCGGACAGACACGGCCACGCACACACAUACAUGAUAUACUAUAUAUAAAUAUAAGUACGCACGUAUAUAAUAUAUAAUAUUACGCAUAUACGUAUUUAUAUGGAUGAAUUAUGUGUACUUGGCGCGCGAGGUGAGCGCGCCCCAUCGCAGACACCCUUACGCAUUCGGCGUUACGUUCGCACGCACGCAUGCACGCACAGGCACGGCGUGUGCAUUAAGUUUUACGUACGAUAAAUUGUACCUGACGGUCACACGCACGCGCGUUCUGUUGAUCCUUCUGUUUUAUUAAUAAAGCAUCUUAUUGUCGA